CCCUCUCAGCUUCUCACAAACGGUACAGGAACCUUCCAGAAACGCACAAAACCGGCUCCUCUCGGAUCAUGGUCCUCCCGUUCCUAUGUUUGCACAGAGACUCGCUCAACUCUGGUCCCCCCUCAGGAAAACUCACCCUCGCAGAUGUUGACUAGAAGACUACUGCUGCCCUGGAGACUACUGGGCAUUCCGGUUGCCCUGGUAGCCAAUGCUCGCCGCCCCCCUCCGGGCCUGGGUUGUAGAAGCUUCAGGCAAGCAAAUCCUUCAUCUGCCCUAGACCUCUUUUGUCCCUUUCCCUUUCUGCCCUUCUUCAACUCGGGCCAGAGCCCCUUUGCAGAGGUCCGUAGAUGCCCAUGUCUCCCCAAACAAACUUAAAAACAGGCCUCUUAGCACCUACAGGUGCUCAUCAACAGCAAAACCAUUCCCUCAGUCAGGACCAAUACUCCUCUCUCUAACCCAGUUAAAGAUCUGACCGAAGGACUUGCAACCACCAAGCCUAAGCUCAGAGAUGGAAGCAAAUGAGAUCACAGAAGGUCCUCAGACCACCACGACUGAAAACGAACACCCUUCUUUGAAGGACUCCUCCGCUGAAAACUUGCAGGAGGCCACUGUCCCUGAAACUCACAGCUUACGGACAUCUGUCCAGCCUCCUGCCUCUAAAGUCCUUUUUGAAACAUCUAUUUUCCAGAACACUGAGAUGGAGAGCUGUGAGGAGCCCUGGGAGGCUCCUGUUCAGCACUCCCUUACAGAAGAGCUUACUUCCUUGCCAUCCCAGGUUUUAAAGAUCCCAGACUCCAGAACCCUUUUAAAGUCUUCUUCCCAGUCUGUGAUCUCUCUGGUAAAAGCCAUCAGUAAAAACCCUUUGGGAUCAGAUGAGACUCUUUCCUCUGAAGUAAAAGCAAAAUCUCAUCCCUCACCAUCAACCAGUAUCCUGGAAUAUUUCCGUAAGCUUUCUUCUGAUAAAGUCUCACAGACCCAGGUCCCCGAAUCUGAGUACUUUCCAAAGCAGUCCGUUUCAGGACCUUCAACUCAGACGGAGGAGGACACAUCUACCAGGCAAGAGGAAGCAAGUAAAGAUGAGCCGGAAGCGGGUACUAGUAACAUCACUGUCCCCCCAGCCAAGAAGAAGGAGAAAAAAAUUGGUUUUACAGGCCAGCAGGUGGUCCCUGCUAAGGAGGUAGAGGUGAUACAAGUGGCAAAAGCAAUGCACAGAGAGCAGAUUGGUACUCAGGCAAACCAUCUUUUCGAGUGGGAGAAGGACUCAUCCCUGAAGUCCAUCCAGACAGGUCUCUACAUUGGCUGGCGCUGCCCCCAUUACUUAUGGGACUGUUUUCGUAUUGGAGAUGAGUCCAAGUGCUUUUGUGGACAUUUGUUGAAAGAACACCAGAUCAUCUCAGACCUGUCGGUGCCCUGCAACGUGAGCCAGUGCAGGUGCCUCAUGUUUUGUUUCAUCCCAUCACGCCCAGAGGAAGUGGGUGAGUUCUGGCUUAAGAGAAGGGCCACCUUUGACCCCAAGGCCUGGAGAGCCCAAUGUCGCUGUAAGCAUACUCACGAAGAACAUGCAGCCACCGGAGCGCAUCCCUGCAGGCACCGUGGCUGUUCUUGCAACUGUUUUGAGUCCAAUUUCCUCUGUGCGGCCUGUGACCGGCGUUGGGAGGAACACGAGACUUUCUUUGAGACUGAGGAGACCAGGCGAAGAGGAAGGAGACCUUGCGGGACAGCCAAUGUCAACAACUGGUACAAGUCUUUCUGAGUCUGGCCAAGAUCAACAAUAAAGUGGAAGCCAGUAGAAUCUGACCUGGCUCUAUGUGGGGCAGGUAGCGUCAAGACUCAGUUUACAGUCAGCUCAAACUACAGGCAAGAGAUAGCACCCAGCAAAUGAAGGCCGGCUCCAGUCAUCUUCCUCUAUCAUGGUACAGUGGGAGACUCCCGGCCCUGACACUGGGAGACUAGCUUCAAGAAAGCCAAAGGGAGAGUUUGAAGAAUAGAGUAGUGGUGGUUUCUGAUGUAGCUGGGGUUCCACUGGCAAAGACGUUGGAGGUCUCUGGAGACUUUGGGCAAUAUGGUUUCACACCGCCAUGGUGAAGGCAAACAGCAAAUAUCCAUUCAUUUGAAGGUAAGAAGUAGAGGAAAGAAAUCAACAAUACCAAAGUGGGCUGUAGAUCAAGGAAGCAGCUUCUUAGGAAGGGGAAGAGGCCCAUAUACAUAAAGAUCUUGAAGGAUGCAGAAGAGGGGAGACAUGCUUGGUGGAAAUGAGAUCUCUGGAACAGAGGAGAGGAUGAGGUCAAGGCAGAGGUGGAGCUUCCUCUGAUGACAAGAAACUUCAUUUCAAAGAAGGAAGUAUGAGCUUUGGGGAGUAGGAGCUCCUAGAAGUUCCCCUCUGGUGACAUCUUUAUUCCUGGGAUGUAAGAAAGGUGGUGUCAAACAGGAGAAGUGAGCCCUGGGCAAGGCUAACGGGAUCAGAGAAAAUCCUGACGAGUGCAAUUUAGGACUCAGUAUGGUUGGAAGUGAGGAUCUGGUUAGAGAAGAGAGGAAAAGUAUUUAGACUAAUGGCUGAUGAUGUCAGGAUAGUGAGGAAAAGAAGGCAAAAGAAAUGGGUCUGAAGAAAUGGAGUAAGUGUCACAUGAUGCCAGGAAACAACUGCUAGAUGGUGGCAGCCAUAAAAGGAGUAAGAAAUCUCCAGUGAUGUCCAGGGGCAGGUGGGUUGGCAUGGGCUGCAGCACAGGGACUGCAGAACAUGCAGAUUUCAUCGAGCAGCUGCAGGUGGUGGCAGGUGUUUGGAAUAAGGAAUCCAGGUCAGGGUCAGCUUUGAGUCUGGGUCAAAAUGGUGAUUUUAUGGCCACAGAACAGUCUAACCCUGGUGGCAGUUCUGAUGCGAGGUUCCCUCUUUGGGCCUCGGUUGCUGGAUCUAUAAAACAGAAAUAACCUGUCUUUCGUGCUCUCUCUGAAAACCCAAAGAAACACCCAGCUCCAAAACUUAGCGCUCACUAGAUUUCCGCCCUCCUCUCACCCCAACUCCACUUACCUCUUGCCCUUCUCUGGGGCAGCUUUCAAGUCUCACAUCUUAGGGCUCAGGGGCAAGGUGAUCCCACAUUUCCUCAUAUUUAGAAAGGUCAUCUGUCUUUGCAAAGGAAGGGAUGCAGCCUAGAUUGCUAAGACCCUGGGGGAAAAUCAUGAUCACAUAUCACCCCCUGAAGAAGAAAGGGCUUUACAAUAAAGUGGGUAUGCAAAAGAGAUUGUGCU